AAGCAGAAAAGAAAGGGAUUAGAUUCCCAGAUUCCCAUAGGAUUCAGGAGCAACACGCUGAGGUGGGUAGUUGCCACACCAGUAGGACGGGAUGGCAUCCAGAGGGACCUGGAGAGGAUGGAGAAGUGGGGCUGGGGGGACCUCAGGAGGUUCAACAUGGCCAAGGUCCUACAGCUGGGUUGGGAUAAUCCAUGAUUUUAAUCCAGGAUGGGGAAUGAUGGGAUUGAGAGCAGCCCUGAGGAGAAGGACUUGGGGUGUUGGUGGAGGAGAAGCUCAACGUGAGCCACAACGUGCGCUCGGAGACCAGAAACCAUCCAUGUCCUGGGCUGCAUCCAAAGCAGCGUGGCCAGCACGGAGGGACGGGAUUCUCCAUCUCUGCUCCUCUCUUGGAAGACCUCCUCUGGAGGAUUGGGUCCAGGUCUGGAAUCCUCAACAGAAGAAGGAGACGGGAGCUGUUGGAACGCGUCCAAAGAUGAUCCGAGGGCUGGAGAACCUCCCAUCCAAGCACAUGCUGAGAGAGUUGGGGUGGUUCAGCCUGGAGAAAGCUCCGAGGAGACCUUCUAGAACCUGAAGGGGCUCCAAAAAAAGGUGAGGACGGACUUUUUCCAAGGGCAUGGAGUGAUGGGAUGAAGGGGAACGGCUUUCAACUGGAAGGGAGGAGAUUUAGAUGAGACAUUAGGAGGCAUUUCUUCCCGAUGAGGGUGGAGAGGCACCGGCCCAGGUUGCCCAGAGAAGUUGUGGCUGCCCCAUCCCUGGAGAUGUUGAAGAUCAGGUUGGACGGAGCUUGGAGCAACCGGAUCCAGUGGGAAGUGUCCCUGCCCAUGGCAGAGGGUUGGAACUGGAUGGGCUUUGAGGUCCAUCCCAACCCAACCCAACCCAUUCCCUGAUUCUACGGAGGAAACAGAGUCAAAGGGAGGGAAUUCAGAGGCAUCGGAGUCGGAGAAAGAUGUUUUGCCAGCCCUGCUUUUCCUGAAAAACCACAUGGAUGAGAGCUGUGCCAGCUGCCGGAAUUUCCAGCUUCUCCGGAAGCAUCUCCGGCUCGGCCCAGACGCUGAGCUGCUGUAAUUAGGACUGACCUCGUUUGCCGCACAUUCAGAAAGGCUUCAUUCCAGCUCCUCUCAUUCCCUGCAUACGGAAAGGCUUCAUCCCAGCUCUUUCCAUGAAUGGAAAGGCUUCACUCGAGCUCUUUCCACACACGGGAAAGCUUCAUUCCAGCUCCCCUCGUUCCCUGCACACGGAAAGGCUUCAUCCCAGCUCUUUCCACACACGGAAAGGCUUCAUCCCAGCUCUUUCCAUGCAUGGAAAGGCUUCAUUCCAGUUCCCCUCAUUCCCUGCACAGGGAAAGGCUUCAUCCCAGCUUUUUCCAUGAAUGGAAAGGCUUCAUCCGAGCUCUUUCUGCACAUGGGAAGGCUUCAUUCCAGCUCCUCUCAUUCCCUGAACAUGGAAAGGCUUCAUCCCAGCUCUUUCCACACACUGGAAGGCUUCAUCCCAGCUCUUCCCAUGCAUGGAAAGGCUUCAUCCCAGGUUCUCUUAUUCCCUGCACACGGAAAGGCUUCAUCCCAGCUCUUUCCGCACACGGGAAGGCUUCAUCCAAGCUCUUUCCAUGCAUGGAAAGGCUUCAUUCCAGCUCCCCUCAUUCCCUGCACACGGAAAGGCUUCAUCCCAGCUUUUUCCAUGCAUGGAAAGGCUUCAUUCCAGUUCCCCUCAUUCCCUGCACACAGAAAGGCUUCAUCCCAGCUCUUUCCAUGCAUGGAAAGGCUUCAUUCCAGCUCCCCUCAUUCCCUGCACACGGAAAGGCUUCAUCCCAGCUUCCCUCAUUCCCUGCACAUGGAAAAGCUUCCUCCCAGCUUCUCUUUUUCCCAUCCAUCCCAUGGGAAUCCAAUUCCCUGCACCUGGAAGCAGAGUGUAAGCUGCGCCCCCCAAUCCCAUGGGAUUCGAGGUGCGCAAAACCAGACAGGGAGAUGGGAAUAGAGUCCCCUGGAGUGAAUCCCACACUUGGGAAUAAGGGGAAUUACACCAAAAUGAAGGGAAAAGCUUCCCCCGCUCCCUCGAUCCCCCAGAUCCAUGUGAUCCUGAAGGUUGGAAUGUUUCCUAAUGGAAAGUGGAGUCGAGAUUCAACCGGCUAAAAGCAAUUCCAGAAAUCUGGAUGACUCCAAUUCAUUCACAUUUGGAUCCAAAGGAACGAGAGGAGAAUCCAUCGCUUCACUUCGGAUUGCUGGAAUCUCUUUCCAGUAUGUAAACGCACUCGGUUUUCCCUUCGUGCAUCCCAAAACUUCUGGAUUUAGGGAAAAAAUUCCAUCUACAUCAGCUGCCCAGUGGAAUCCUUGAGGAUUCAAGUGGCACUGGAGCGAUUCCGGCAGCACCUCCAGUAUCGGAGCGAUCCCAGUUCAGUUCUUUAUCCAUCCUGCAAACAAGUGGGAAAGCAAAGAACCAGUGCCGGAAUUCCCAAUGGAUCGGGAAGCUUCCGGUGGCUCCUGUAGGCACCACUAAAUCCAUUGGGAGCUGCCGGAGCGCAUCAGGAGGAAGACGGCAUUCCGGAUGGAUGCUUCCUCCAUCUCCUCUAGUGACAGCAGGGAUCAUUCAAGGGACACAUAGCUCUUCCCAAUGGAUCGGGAAGCUUCCGGUGGCUCCUGUAGGCACCACCAAAUCCAUCGGAAGCAGCCGGAGCAGGUCAGGAGGAAGAUGGCAGUGAAAAUCCCGCCUUGAAAUCCAUGGACGGCCAGAGCGCUCCGAGCUGGAAUGUCGUCACCUCCAGGACAAGCUCCAACACCGCAGCACGUUCACCUUUUCCCAGGAAGCGUCACCUGGAAUUCCAGCACAAUUCCUGCCGGUGGGAUGCUGGGAGCACCGGGAAGGGCUUUAAUCCUCGGCCACACCGGAUCCUGCCGCUGGAAUUAGCAUCGGAUCUGCUUCUCCGGGACAUUUCUGCUUUCAAACGCUGACAGAUUUUCCCUCCUGCUCCGGAUAAACAUUCCAUGCGGUUUAGAUCCACACCAUGAGCAUGGAAUUACAGCUGCUCAUUAGCGCUUCGGCCCUGACGAACGCGUUGAGGUUUUAAUUACAGCCCUCGUUAUCCAUAAUUAAAGAGGAAGUGAGGAGAAAGAGGAGGGUGAAGGAUACGGCACAUGGAGCCGGGUUGGCAUCGCCGGCACCGGAUUGGAAGGAAUCCCCAAUUCCCGAGGCGAUUGGUAUCUUAUCCCCCUCCCUGUUAAUUAAUCCGGCAAACGAAGCAGUGGGAAUUCCUGCCUGGAUCUGGUUAUUCCAGCAAAUCACCAAAGGAAUGACGUUGGUGUCCGAAGGGGCCACGUAAUGGAUGCUGGAGGGAGGGAAAGAUGCCGGCACCUUGACGUAACCGGUUGCUCCACUUCGGAGAUGCCGGGAAUGCCGACUCCGCACUGGGAACGUCCCCCACCCCACUCUGGGUCUGGGAGAAGGGAGCCC